UGGCCUCAUCUCUGGCGAUUCCUAUAACUGCAGCAGCGACAGCUUCAAUUUAGCAUAUCGCAAGGUGAUGCCGUUUCUGCAGUGUUAUUGCCGUAAGGGCUUCACCGGUAACCCCUAUAUUAAAGAUGGAUGCGAAGAUGUCGAUGAAUGCAAAGAUCUGACCAAUCGGUGCCCUGGAAGAAAGUGCGUGAAUCGACGCGGUUCCUUUGAAUGUGUCGAAGGCAGCAAGACAGUCAAAUUUCUCCUCGUAGGUAUCGGAGCAGGCCUAGGGGUACUACUCUUGCUUCUUUUGUUAUGGCUGUUGUACAAUUUCAUGAAGAGAAGGAAAGAAAUCAAGCUCAAAGAGAGGUACUUCAAACAGAAUGGGGGUCUCUUGUUGCAGCAACAACUGUGUUCAUCCGAGACCAAUGUUGACAAGAAUAAAUUGUUCAAUUCCAAAGAUUUGGAGAAGGCCACCGACAAUUUCAACAAGAAUAGAAUACUUGGCCAAGGCGGGCAAGGAACCGUCUACAAGGGUAUGCUUGCGGAUGGAGGAAUUGUCGCCAUUAAGAAGUCAAAGGCGAUUGAUAAGGGAAAAGUCAAACAGUUCAUUAAUGAGAUUGUCAUUCUCUCGCAAAUCAACCAUAGGAAUGUGGUUAAGCUACUUGGGUGUUGCUUGGAAACAGAGUCGCCACUUUUGGUGUACGAAUUCAUACCGAAUGGGACUCUCUUCCAGUACUUACAUGACUCUCUUGUAUCAUGGGGGACACGCCUUCAAAUUGCCACCGAUGUAGCGGGAGCCUUGUCCUAUCUACAUUCAUCGGCAACAAUCCCAAUCUAUCAUCGGGACAUCAAGUCUACUAAUAUUCUCUUGGACGAUAGGUACCAUGCAAAAGUGGCUGAUUUUGGCACUUCCAAAUCCCUUUCCCUCUAUCAAACUCACGUGACUACAGUAAUCCAAGGGACAUUUGGGUACUUAGAUCCUGAGUAUUUUCAAUCGUGUCAGUUAACAGAAAAGAGCGAUGUGUACAGUUUUGGUGUGGUCCUCGUCGAACUCUUGACAGGGCAAAAGCCAAUCUUGCUUCUUGGAGAUGAGGACGAGAAAAACCUUGCAAGCUAUUUUCUCCUGUCGAUGGACGAGAACUGCCUGUUCGACAUAGUUGACCCUCAAGUUCUGAAGCAAGGCAAGGAAGAAGGGAUCGUCGCCUUUGCCAACAUCGCAAGAGGGUGCCUGAACUUACAUGGGAAGAUGCGACCUACGAUGAGAGAAGUGGCUAGUGAACUGGAGCGAAUUAGAAAGCUGGAGAAUCCCGCCAUUAGGCAUGGACAUACUCAUGAGAAGAGGGAGACGAGUACGCGUUGGGAUUCUGUUGGGUCCGCAGACAUAAUCUCGCUAUCGGACUUGCAGCCACUCAUGUGGAGUGAAUCGAUGUAAAUUAGUUCUAUCUAGAUUUUCUUAGGUGUGUUAAUACUUCAAGAAGAAUAUCAGGAUUUUGUUGUGUGUAAUUGUCAAAAGACGGAAAAUAUAAUUUCGUAUGUCGCACUCUCCUUUGAUGGAAUAAAACAAGAAACUUGGUUGUCA